AUGGCAGUUUUAUUUAUUCAAAUAAAAACAUUCACAAAUCCAAUUUUGAGCACAUCAACACUGUUUGCCAUUGUUCACCGGUUAUCCCCGUGUAGAUACGAGGACGGAUGCCGGGAAUGUCAGUGUCAGGACCAAAGAGUGCGUUGCAAAACACCGCACUGUGUGCAUUUCCUCCCGUUGCGUAAGAAUCCGGCCGAGUAUUGUGGAGAAAUAUUCAAACGGAAUCAACGACGACUAGAAGAUACAAAAGAACCGAUUAAUUUGGAUAAGUUUGACCACGACUAUCCCGAAACGGAUUCGCAAAUGCCAGAUUCGAAGAUUGUUCCACCCAUGGAUUUACCUAUCGGUCCGCAUGGUUUGCGAACCGGGCCAAUCGAACACGCCCCGAUUGGCAAACCGGAUAUUGGACCGAGGAGCCUUGAACCGACUGCUACGUUACCAAAAUUACCAAAUGAACCACAUGAACCGGGGGCUCCCCGUCCUCAUCCUCCUCCUCCACCUGGUCCUCCUGGUCCUCCUCCAAUGCCAGAACCGAUGGAACAUGCGCCGAGAAAUAUCCCCAUGGGUCCAGGUCCAGAAGCCACCUCGAAAGAGAAGAAUGAGAAUUUGAUGAAAAAAUUGUGGAGCAAAUUUUCUCUAAAUGAAGACACUAAGAAAUCGGUUAAAAAAACAAAAAAGAAAACAGAAAACCAAAAAUCUGUGCCUAAAACGAUGACUGGACAAAAUGUGGCCCAAUUGCCUCACUUGAACGAGGUGCAUCAUCCGAGCAAUAUGCAUCCCAUGAAUCAUGGUCCACAUGAUCCGUUCGGUGGCCACGGUCCUCAUAUGGCACCUCAUCCUCCUCACCCACCAAUGCCACAACCUUCUGCUGGACACCCAAUAGGGGAACCAUUUGAAAUGAAUGAACUGGGUCCGAUGGGCAUGACCGGAAUACCGGGUGCAUUAGGAGAUCCAUUCAGUCCGCACAUUGAUAGGCCAGAUUGGACUCGAAGUUUCCCAGACGGUCCGUCCAUGCCUGGGGAGCCUAUGCCGAUACCUUGGGACGCACCUCCUCCUCCUGCUCUU